AUGUCCCAAUUUACGUCCCAUGUGCACGUGAGCCUAUCACUUGCGUUGCUAGCGAUCGCGCUCUGUACGAUCGAUGGAUCACCGUCCACCGCAUCAUAUAAUCCGGAAGCGAAAGCAAGAAAACAGAACAACGAUAAUUCGGCCACAGCCAGCCCCACUACUCACGGCGGUAGACCGUCGCUUACAACGUACGAUCAGCGCCAGAAUGGCAAGUACAACAUUCACGUCAACAUUAAAGAUGUGAAAAUAAUUGCGGUGGACGGUGAGAAUCUGGAGGGCAAUUUAGGGGAUGACACCGUGUACGACUACGGAGACUACGAUUACGAUCCUGCUCAUCUGACCAUCAGUCCGUUACCGAUCUUUGGUUCCGGCUCCGUGUCCAUCACAAAGCCACCUAAAUCCACUACGAAAGCACCAUUCACCACGACAACUACUACGACUACGACCAAGCAACCCAAUGCUCAGUCGAGUUCUACCGGAAGUGGUUCUUCUAGUACCAUGGAUAGCACAACAUCUACGACCGAGCCGGCAACCACUACCUUGACCCUUGCAGUGCCCGUGAAAAAUGAUAUGGCGAAACCGCAUCUGAAGACGAAUGAUAGUUCAUCGUCAGUUCAGCAUGAUCAGCCCGCGGCCACUGACCAAUCCGUCACCGCCACCAGCACAGCAUCGGACCCACCAUCGAGUAAUAUAAUCGUGAUCAAACCAACCCCAUCGCCGAUACAUUACGAUUAUCAGGAAAUCCCGGUACAGGUGAUAGUGGAUCCUAUAGUACGGCCAAAGUACCGCAGCACUAGCAAUCAUCAGGUUGUGUUUCCACACUCGGUGGCAUUCCAUCGCCAGCACGAUCGGUACCCGAUUCGAAGAAGUUCGAUCCAAUGCCACGAAGGAGAAUAUCGUGAUCGCGAGGGAAACUGUCGGGCACGCCGGUCAGGCAUCCUAAAACUGUUCCGCUUGUUAUCAUCGCUGAACGAGAAAAAUGACUGA